UUGUAUGAAACACUGCAUCCAAGAUAAACCCUUAACAGUGGUCCCGGUGUUGAGGUCUGCAGUGGAGUUUUAUUAUGACCAUACCAUGCUCUUCUUAUAUAACCUGCUAAUCUCAUCUUUGCUAGUGGAGUGUGAUUAUCUUGACCUUGACAAAGGGGCUAGUCUUUCCACCCCCCAGGAACCAACGUUUCGAGAAAAAAAAAUGGUUCUAAGGUAGAAAUGGUUUUUGAAAGGGGGAAAAAAAACUGAAGAGAGACUGUAAAGAUAAGACUUGGGGCAAUUAACAGUAAACGUUCCUGUAGUAUUGCUUCAUUCAUUGGCUGUUUAGGGGGUGGAUGAGUGUGUCUGUAAGAGAGCACUUGGCCUUAGAUGCAGGGAUCUUUAUAUAAAAAAAGGAGUUGACUAUUCAGGCCAUUUCAUGUCAUCAUGGGUUACAGAGCAUUAUGUUUUUUGAUUGUGGUUUAUGCUGUAACAACUGUGACGUCCAGUUCAGGGAGCACCAGAUCCGGAUCGCAGGUUCUCCAAGCCUUGCAUUGUCCACCGUGCGAGCGCAUCCAUUGUUCACCUCGCAGAGCACUGAGGCUCCAGUGUAAAGGGGGUAUUACUACAGGCGUCUGCGGCUGCUGCCCUGCAUGUGCAAAACAAGCUGGGGAGAGCUGUGGAGGGACUUGGGACUACCUGGGGAAGUGUGAUGAAGGACUGGUGUGUGUGUACCAGGAAACUGCUGCGAGCAAUCCAGAUGCAGAGCACAAGGGGAUCUGCAAGUCAGUACUUGAAGUCCUUGAAAGAGACACGUGUCGUCCAGACUGCACAUGGGAAUUCUGUCAGGCAAACCCCAAUGAAAUCUGCUCAGCCAGGUCUGUGUCAGUGGAAAAGCGUGAGUGUGGAGGUUUUUGUCAGCACACCACCUGCACCAGCUGUUUGGUUCUCAGUCACCCAGCAUGUCCUCAGGCUUGCACUCAAACAGACCACGUCUGCCUGCAUCGUUUUGGGAGGUGUGUGCACAGUCACCUGAAAGCACACAGUCAGGCAAUCUGCCACCAAAACCUGCAGAGCAGCAGUGAGGGCUACUUCAUUUGUUUGGCUCCUGCUUGUCCAAAUGAAGCAAAAUAAUUUGAGGAGGAGUCAUCUCAGCCUAAAAUGUAGCAUAUUAAGGCAGCUAUUUUUUUUUAUAUGAUUCUUAAAGAAAUACUUUAAUUUUAGAUGGAAUAUAUAAAAAUAUAUGUUUUGUGAAAAUAUUUUGAUCCAUUAGUUUUUGUUUUAUUUCUGUGUAUUUGCAUUCACAGUGCUGAGAUGUUUGCAUACAUAUAAUUCAUAGUGAGCAGAUGUUUGCAUACAUAUAAUGCCACAAAUAUAAAAAAAUAUAUUUUUCAUGUGUAUAUAUAUAUAUAUAUAUUCCUCUCAUUUCAUUGUUCAUUGUUUCACUCUUGCCUUCUAGUGGGACUGAUAAUAUCUGAUAGUGUACUGUUAAGGCACAAUGUGACCUCAGGGAGAACAAGAUGCCCCCCUGGGACAAUCUCUCAAACCUAGUGGGCUGUUACUGAAUAACAGGGUAUUUAUGGAGCCGUAAUAAGGCAUUGAUCCAUGGGCCAGAAAAAAAAAUUCUAGACACACAAUAACAGUCUGUUCCUUUUGAUGUCUGGUUUAUAUCACAAUACACAAGAAAAGCAAAUGGUUAAUUCUGAUAAACAUGUCUGAGAAAUGCAGAUUUAUGGGUUUAUGAGGUGCAAAACAAUUAAGACUGCUGCUCAUUCUAGCGAAGAAGGGAAGUGAUCAAAGUCAAUGAGCAUUUUCUGCUCAGCAUAUAGGUGAAAAUAUUUUAGAAAGGUAAAAAAAAAGUUUUCUGUUUUGCUGUAAAUUAACAUAUGCAUAAGUUAGGAAAAAGUGCUGUCUUUUGGGGUCUUAUGAUUAUUAAGUCUAAAAAGAUGAUAUACAACAGCUUUACUGUAACAUGCCCCACCCUGCACUCAUUCUUACAAGAACUGGAUCCGGCUCCACCGCAGCCCUGACCAGGAAAAAGCCGUUACUGAUGAUAAAUAAAUAAUUUUAACAAUGAGAGCAGUCUUUACGUGCACCUGAACAAUCCUGCAUUAUCAAAGAUCAAAGCUUCAUGCACAUUUUUAUCAGCUACUAUCACCACUACGAUGAUAUGAAGAUUGCUGCUGUUUUUGACUGAUAACAAUGGAUAAAAUCAAAACCUGCAAUGCGUCUGGUACAAUAAAAGAGUUCAACAAAGACAAUAAUACCUUUUGUGCAUGAAGAUUUAAGAGACAUGACAAAAUC